UAGAUGCCGCAUUCUCAUCUAUAAUCUCUCUCCCUCUCUCUCUAUGCAUACAUUUGCACUGAGAGAACAAUGUUGUUGGAGAGAAGUCUUGUUUUUGUGGUUCUUCUGGUGGUGUUUGGGGCAGAGAAGAGUUUGGCACAGAGUGGAGGACUGAGCAGAGGGAGUUUUCCCAAGGGGUUCGUCUUUGGAACUGCUUCAUCAUCUUACCAGUACGAAGGAGCAGUGAAGGAGGAUGGAAGAGGGAGAACGGUGUGGGAUGCCUUUGCUCAUUCCUUCGGGAAGGUGAUCGAUUUCAGCAACGCCGACGUCGCUGUUGAUCAAUACCAUCGGUACCAUGAGGAUAUUCAACUUAUGAAAGACAUGGGAAUGGAUGCUUAUAGGUUUUCUAUCGCAUGGUCACGAAUUUUCCCUAAUGGUACUGGUGUGGUUAAUCAGGCAGGGAUCGACCAUUACAAUAAGUUAAUCGAUGCUUUGCUAGCUAAUGGGAUCGAACCGUAUGUGACUCUAUAUCACUGGGACCUUCCUCAAGCCUUAGCUGAUAGAUACAAUGGAUGGCUUGAUCGCCAGAUUAUAGAGGACUAUGCAAACUAUGCAGAGACAUGCUUUAAGGCAUUUGGGGACAGAGUCAAGCACUGGAUGACCCUUAAUGAGCCCCACACCUUCGCAGUUCAAGGCUUUGAUGUGGGACUGCAAGCCCCCGGCCGCUGCUCCAUUCCCCUUCUGUUGUUCUGCAGAGCAGGGAAUUCAGCAACAGAGCCAUAUGUUGUUGCCCAUAAUGUUCUUCUCUCACAUGCCACUGUAUCUGACAUCUACAGGAGGAAGUACAAGCAAAAUCAACAAGGAUCAGUAGGCAUAGCUUUUGAUGCAAUGUGGUUUGAACCCAUGUCAGAUUCCCCCACUGACAUUGAUGCCACCCAAAGAGCACAAGACUUUCAGUUUGGAUGGUUCAUGGAUCCUCUGUUCUUUGGGGAUUAUCCAAGUUCAAUGAGGACAAGAGUCGGAAACAGGCUACCCAAGUUCUCCACAGCUGAGGCUGCUCUGGUUAAGGGGUCAUUGGAUUUUGUGGGAGUAAACCAUUACACCACAUACUAUGCCAAGCAUAAUUCAACCAAUAUAAUUGGAAUACUCCUCAAUGAUACCCUCGCAGAUUCUGGUGCCAUCACUCUUCCUUUCAAGGAUGGAAAGGCAAUUGGAGAUAGGGCUUCUUCGAUAUGGCUCUACAUUGUACCUCAAGGGAUAAGAAGGUUGAUGAACUACAUCAAGCAGAGGUAUGGAAAUCCUGUGGUUAUCAUCACAGAGAACGGGAUGGAUGAUUUCAACAAUCCAUUUAUCUCGAUUAAGGAUGCUCUCAAGGACGAUAAGCGAAUCAGAUACCACAAUGAUUAUCUAUCGAACUUGUCUGCCUCCAUAAGGCAAGAUGGCUGCAAUGUGCAGGGGUACUUUGCGUGGUCUCUUCUCGACAACUGGGAAUGGGCCGCAGGAUACACAUCUAGAUUUGGCCUCUACUUCAUAGAUUACAAUGACAACCUUAAGAGAUAUCCGAAGAACUCAGUCGACUGGUUCAAGAAGCUGCUGAAGUCUGCCUGAGCUCUAUUCACCCAACACAUUAUUGGAAAAGGAUCAUUUGUCAUAUCGGUAGUAGUAGUUGUUGUUGUUCUAAUAAUAAGCUUUGUUGUAAGCCAAAUCCUAUUGGGGUGUCUCUUCAUUCUUGGGCUUCAAAGAUGAAGUCUUCAUUUCUUUACAGUGUGGUGUGCACAAUGCUCACAUAUUUGCAAGCACUAAGAGGACUUAAUUUUGACCGCCA